GAGGCGGGAUCGGCGCCUCGGGGCCGGAAGUGGCCUUGGAGGCGGAAGUGGCGCGGCCGCGGAGGAGCUUGGAGCACGGCAGCGGGACCCGGAGCAGGAGCAGCGGCGGCCGGCGGUGGCGGAGGCGGAGGCGCGCUGGAGGCGGCCAUGGCAAAGCAGUACGACUCAGUGGAAUGUCCCUUUUGUGAUGAGGUGACCAAAUAUGAGAAGCUCGCCAAGAUCGGCCAAGGCACCUUUGGGGAAGUAUUUAAGGCUAAGCACCGCAAGACGGGCAAGAAGGUGGCUCUGAAGAAGGUGCUGAUGGAAAACGAGAAAGAGGGGUUUCCCAUCACCGCCUUACGGGAAAUCAAGAUUCUCCAGCUUCUGAAACAUGAGAAUGUGGUCAACUUGAUUGAGAUCUGCCGAACCAAAGCGUCCCCCUAUAACCGCUGCAAGGGCAGUAUAUACCUGGUGUUUGACUUCUGCGAGCAUGACCUUGCUGGGCUGCUGAGUAAUGUCUUGGUCAAGUUCACACUGUCGGAGAUCAAGAAGGUCAUGCAGAUGCUGCUCAAUGGCCUGUACUACAUCCACAGGAACAAGAUCCUGCACAGGGACAUGAAGGCAGCCAACGUGCUCAUCACCCGUGACGGGGUCCUGAAGCUGGCUGACUUUGGGCUGGCCCGGGCCUUCAGUUUGGCCAAAAAUAGCCAGCCCAACCGCUAUACCAACCGUGUGGUGACGCUCUGGUACAGGCCCCCGGAGCUGUUGCUUGGGGAGCGAGACUACGGCCCCCCCAUCGAUCUGUGGGGUGCUGGGUGCAUCAUGGCAGAGAUGUGGACCCGCAGCCCUAUCAUGCAGGGCAACACUGAGCAGCACCAGCUUGCCCUCAUCAGCCAGCUCUGUGGCUCCAUCACCCCCGAGGUGUGGCCCAGUGUGGACAAGUACGAGCUGUUUGAGAAGGUGGACCUGCCCAAGGGCCAGAAGCGAAAGGUGAAAGACAGGCUGAAGGCCUACGUGCGCGACCCUUACGCGCUGGACCUCAUCGACAAGCUGCUGGUGCUGGACCCCACGCAGCGCAUCGACAGUGACGACGCUCUCAACCACGACUUCUUCUGGUCCGACCCCAUGCCCUCAGACCUGAAGAGCAUGCUGUCCACGCACCUGACGUCCAUGUUCGAGUACCUGGCGCCGCCACGCCGGAAGGGCAGCCAGAUCACCCAGCAGACCACCAACCAGAGCCGCAACCCAGCCACCACCAACCAGACGGAGUUCGAGCGCGUCUUCUGAGGGCCGUGCUUGCGUGGGGACUUGCGCUGUGUGACUUGCACUGCGGAGAUUUUCUCUCUGGCGCACCGUUUAAUGUCUACCUUGGGCACACCCGACUGAGCAGACAGGACAAAGUUUGGCCGAGGGCCCUGGGGCUGCCUCCCUCUACUCUCCUGACUUUCUGGAUGGCCGCUUGGGACCUCUCCAUUUCCCUUAGGACAGGAUAAGGGGUCAGGGGGGAGGUCUCACCUCACCAAUGGCUUUCUAAGAGUUCCCAGAAUGGGAGGAGAGGGCAGUCCUUGGCCCAUCCCAACGCUGGUCUUGGGAUGAGAAACUUGUACAGAAAACAGAACCCGCCUCGGGAGUGGGCGGUUCUUGGCCUGAUCCUCAGAAGCAUGGGGGUUGGUGAAAGCUCUUGGUUUCUUCCGUAGAAGAAUUUGCAUCAUGUUUCUUCUGUUCAGUUGUCUUGGUCGCUUGGAGACAUGUCUAGACAGAAUUUGGUCAGUUGCAAUUAAAAGUUGGCUGUUCUUUUUUUU